AUGAAGAUCUCAAAAACCCCAUCGCUAGUUAUGAUUCUUUUUGCAAUCAUGUUAUGUUUUUUGCGAGCCAAGUCACAAGGAGUUUACUGCAGCAACCCAUAUGAACUAUGUUUCCAGAAGUACAUACUGUGUCCUCCAGAGUGCCCCAGCACCGGUGCCGCCACUAAUAACAAAGUUUGUUACGUAGACUGUCGUAACAUUCUCUGCACCUCCGAGUGUCGCAGGGCGCGUAUAAGUUGCAAUAGACCUGGACCGGCUUGUAACGACCAGAGGUUUAUAGGUGGUGAUGGGACUGUGGUCAAUUUUCAAGGAAAGAGCAAUGAACAUUUUAGCCUUGUCUCGGACCCUGACCUUCAGAUCAAUGCAAGGUUCACUGGCCACAGGCCAGCUGGUCGUUCUAGAGACUUCACUUGGGUUCAAGCUCUAGGGUUCCUCUUCAACUCUCAUAAUUUUUCCCUUGAGGCCACCAAAGUAGCCACUUGGGACGACAGCAUCGACCAUCUCAUAUUCUCUUUCGACGGCCAAGAUUUAGUUAUCCCCGAGAAAAUUCUCUCCACAUGGUACUCGCCCAAAAAAGACAUCAAGAUUGAGAGGGCGACAAACAUGAACAGUGUGACCGUAACAAUCAAAGACAAGGCAGAGAUUAGGGUCAAUGUAGUUCCAGUGACUAAAGAAGACGAAAUGAUCCAAAGCUACAAAGUGCCUUCAGAUGACUGUCUUCCCCAUCUUGCGGUUCAGUUCAGGUUUUUUAACCUAUCCACAAAAGUCGAUGGAAUCUUGGGACGCACUUCUAGGCUUGGUUUCCAAAGUCAGGCUAAGCAUGGAGUCGCAGUGCAAGUGGUUGGUGAUGAGGAUACAUUGAGGACAUCUUCUCUACUCUCUCAUGACUGUAAGACUUGCAUUUUUAUGAGACUAAGUAGCUCUACCAAGUGGGAGACCAAACAGGCAGUACUGGAUUUAGAUUGCACUCGUGGGGCGUCUUCUGGAUACGGAAUCAUUUGCAGAAGCAGGAGGUAG